GCUGAGUGGCCAGCCUCCAGCACCGACUGUCGAUGAUGGCGCGCGGCUGGGGCAGUGCGGCGCUCGUGGCCACCGGCCUGCUCUGCUGCUGGGCGGACUGCGCGUCGGCCGGCACCCAGCAGUUCGUCCAGAGGGUGAUACAGUCAGAGACCGACCAGGCGUUCUCUCCGCGGCCCGGCUGGGAGCCCGACCAGGAGCGGUUCGCGGCGGCGGCGGCGGCCGGCGGCCCGCGGCGCCGCAUCACGCGCGUCCACCUGCCCGCCUCGCUCGGCGACGCGCUCAGCCAGGCGAUGGCGUACGAGGCCAACCUGUGGCGCUUCUCCCGGCUGCGCUGGAAGAAGGGCGGCGCCACCGAGCCGCCGGCCACCACACCGGAGCCUGUGACUGCCGCUGAGCCGACUAUGAGCGCACCGCCGCCGCCGCCGGCCAGUGUGCCGCCUCCGCUGAGCUCCGCCGUGUCGCCGGGGCGGGAGAGGGGCGGCGAUCAGCCAGAGCUGCACCUCAACAUCACCGAGAGCUCAGAGGGGUGUGCGUGUCCCGGCCUGCCGCCGGCCGCCGGCCGCACGGUGACCUUCCGGCUGGCGGCGCUGCCGGCGGCCGACCGGGCGCUGCUCGAGCUGCACGUACCCGUGCUGGACGACCAGUUCCUGCCGCCGCCGGCCGGCACGGUGACGGUGGUGACGCGCCUGGCGGUGUGCGGGCCCAGCCCGGCCGGCGGCGGCCGCAGCCUGGCCGCGCCGCUGCGGCUGAAGCGGGCGCCGGGCCGGCCGCACUGGCGGCACGCCAUCGUCAGCGACUGGCUGGCGCAGCUGCGAGCCGGCGCCGCGGGCCGCCAGUGCCUGCAGCUGGUGCUGCCUGCCGGCGCCGGGCUCCGGCUGGACCGCAGCGGCUACCGGGCGGCGCACCUGACCGCCCGGCCGCCGCGACGCCGGCGCGCCUGACCCACCGCACACCGCCACCCAACCUCCUACCGAUAAUACCCAGCGUGGCGCGGUACGUCGGGGCACCGAGCCCGGGGCGUCUCCGAGCGGGCCGGCGGCGGGUCAGGUUCCCCGGCCGCCCAACUGCCAGCUGAGCGCGCGGAAACCGAGCCGCUCGACACCUGAGGGCGAGAGCGCGCCCGCUGACCGCUGACGACGGGAGCCGCACCCGCCGACCCCUGGCGCCUCCCCUGCGCCAGGUCAGCCGACCUGACCGGUCAGCGUCAGCCUGUCCGGCAGCCACUGCAGGUCCGGGGCCCGGGCGGCAGUCGGAACGGCAGCGCGGUGUUUUUUCCUUUGUUAUGUUUUCAAAUCUGGAUGACCUGACUCGUGAUUCUUCAUUAUAACCCCGUCCUGUGAUAAAGCGGAAUGAGUUUUGCUGAGCUGUGCUCAGCUCUUACCGCGGCGGGGCGUUUUUCGACUGUGCGUUGUUUAUUGUGUGCUGCCGUUUUCAUUCUGUGUCGCACUGCCGACCUUCCAUCGUGUAGCGCGCUGUUUCUGUACAAUGGGCGCUGUGGGCGCGCGCGUGCGGCGGCGGUCUGAUCCGACCCAUCACUGUCAGCUGGUCACCGUGAUAAAUACACGCCGUCUCCUC